AUGGCAGCUACAGCAGUAGACAAGGAGGGCCUCUUCAUCCCCCUCAUCGACUUCUCGGCCUUCCUCAAUGGCGAUGCCGCAAAGCGCACCGAGACCGCGAAGCAGGUCCUCGAGGGCUUCCAAAACGCCGGCUUCAUCUACCUCCAAAACGUGCCCAUCAGCCCAGAGCUGCGCGCCGCCACCUUUGCCAAGUCGGCCGACUUCUUUGCCCAGGACGAGGCCGCCAAGCAGGCCCUCGGCUGGACCACCCCACAGGCGAACCGCGGUUACUCGGCCCCCGGCCGCGAAAAGGUCAGCACCCUCAAGACAACUGAAGAAGUCGAAAAGGUCCGCGCGGGGAACCCUGACCUGAAGGAGAGCUUCGAGAUCGGCCGCGACGGCGAGCCGGACCACCCGAACCAGUGGCCCGUCGAGCAAGACGGCACCCGCGUCAACGGGUUCAAGUCGCAGAUGCUCGAGUUCUUCACGCAGUGCAAGGCGCUGCACGUCGAGGUCAUGCGCGCCAUCGCCGUCGGCAUGGGCCUCGACGACAGCCACUUUGACGGUUACACGGACGCCGGCGACAACACGCUGCGCCUGCUGCACUACCCCUCUGUCGACCCCAACGUCUUCAAGGUCAACCCGGGCCAGGUCCGCGCGGGAGAGCACAGCGACUACGGCUCCAUCACGCUCCUGUUCCAGGACGACCGCGGCGGCCUCCAGGUCCAGAGCCCCAACGGCCGCUUCGUGGAUGCCACGCCCAUCCCCGGGACCGUAGUUGUGAAUGCCGGGGACCUGCUUGCGCGGUGGAGCAACGACACCAUCAAGAGCACGAUUCACCGCGUCGUGGAGCCGCCGAGGAAGCCUGAAGACGGGACGGAAUAUCCUCCGCGCUACAGCGUUGCUUACUUUUGCAAUCCCAACUUCAAGAGCCAUAUUGAGGCUAUCCCGGGGACGUACGCAACGGAGGCGGAGAAAAAGUACGAUGGUAUCAACACUGGGCAGUAUCUCGUGCAGAGGCUGACGGCCACGUACUAA